AUGUCUUCUCACAAAGAUUUGGUUGUGGUUACAGGUGCCUCAGGAUACCUAGGAAGUUGGAUUGUAGUUAAGCUGCUGAACUCUGGCAAGUACAAGGUCAGAGGAACUGUGAGAGAACAUGAUAAUGCUGAGAAAAUGGAUCCUCUGAAGAAAGCUAUUGAAGAAAAUUGUAAGGAUAACUAUGAAGAUCUUGAGUUUGCAUCAGCUUCUCUUGAUGAUUUCGUUUCUAUUAAGCUCGCACUAAAGGGAGCUAAAUACGUCAUCCACGUAGCUUCUCCUAUGCCAGGUUCUAACACUAAGGACAGAGAGAAUACUUUGAUUAAGCCUGCUAUUGAAGGCAAUCUAAAUGUUCUAAAAGCUUGCAUUGAUUCAACUGUUGAAAAGGUCGUUAUCACUUCAUCAGGACUUACAGUCUGUGACCAUGCUGCUGGUGAUGGCACUUAUGGCCCAGAAACUUUUGUUGAAGAGCAUAAAGAUCUCGAUGACUACUCGAAGAGUAAAAUCCGUGCAGAAGCUGCAGCCAAAGAGUUUAUGGAAGAUCUUGGAGAAGAUCAAAGAGACUUUGACGUGAUGUUUAUGCAUCCUGGAGGAAUCAGUGGAGCACCAAUUGUUCCUCAAAGAAAGGGAGACACUAUAGAGCAAUUCUGUAUGAUAUUGGAAGGAAAAGUACCAGGUGUUCCUCAGGUUUACUAUCCAAUGGUUGACGUUGAAGAUACAGCUGAAGCUCAUGUUAAAGCUUUAGAAAAAGGAGUUCAUUUAGGAAGAUACCCACUUUGUUCAGAUACGAUCAAAAUGGUUGAAAUUGUUAAAAUUAUCAAGAAGGACUAUGAAGAUAUCAUGGGGCACAAGAUCUCUGAUAAGGAAGUCGGUAAAUGCUUGGUCUGGCUCGGGAGUUGGUUCAACUCAGAUGCUAAGAAUAUCUACUACCAUUGGAACAUAAAUGCAAGACUAGAUGGAACCUAUGCUAAAGAAGAGCUUGGAUUAAAGGACUACAAGACUAUCGAGCAAAGUAUUGUUGAGACUUGUGAUUUCCUUAUCAAAAACAAACUUUGCAAGCAACCAAAAAAGCCUAAGGAUACUGAAGAUUCUAAAGAAGAAGCUAAGGAAUAA